UGCGACGCGACGCGUCCACGUGAUCGUUAUUUGUUGAUGAUCCCCGGCCCGGUCGUGUCAGUGUCACUACUCUCUUUCUCCCCAUUGCGUUGACCGGCUAUAGCUUGAGCACUUUCUUCCACAUUGAUACGCGCUGCAAGUGCUACUUCUGGACACAACAAUAAUUCGCGAACCAACUUCGCCGCCUUGAUCCUGCGCAUCGAAGGGCAGUUCCAAGCCUGUCCAGCCUUCCGACCGGUCUUCCUGCCCUCCUAUCACGAGACGUAACACAAUGGUCAAACAUGCACUCGAAAUCCCCAGUUCCUCCGCGACGCCACCAUCCAAGCGCGCCCGCUUCGAGCCCGGCACGAGCAGUCCCACGCGCCGCUAUCUCCCAUCCGCGUCCGACUCCUCGCCCUACACUCGUUAUUCCUUUCCGAGCUCAGGGACGGGAACCAGCACGCCGUACAGCAUCCCCUCCGACUCGCCGUCGAACCCAUUCGGCCUCCAGCGCGCGCUCCUCGCGCUCAAGCUCCCGCGUCCGCUCGGGUUUGCGAAACACCUUGCCUUGCGCUUUCAACUCGUGUAUGAGCCGCCACGCCGCGAUGUGAAGGGGAAGGGCAAGGCUCGCGUAGGGCACUAUGACAUAGGCGGAGACGUGGAUGAGGCGGAUCUAGCGAGGACACUCGCGGAGGAGCUCGACAACGUACACCGCGUCGUCCAGGUGCCGACGAACUAUACAUUGCGCCAUCUCCACAAACUCAUCCUCUGGCUCUUCGCGUCCGACGCGCGCUGGGAGCGCCCCGCAGGCGCGAAGCUGCCUACCAGACAUCGGCGCAGCUCGCGGCUGAAGGAACAUAAGGUUCCGUCUAGUAAUGGACAGCGCCGUACGAGAUCCGCUCACGACGGACGUGCGAGGGGCAAGCGGAGGGUGGCGGAGGUAGAGGAGCCGGCGUUCGCCCCGCGGCCGGCUAUAGGCACGGACAUCCCACCCAGCUGGGCCGGGCAUGUGUUCGAUGUGCGCGACGACGUGCAGCUCUACACGCCCAGCUACCGCCCUGGCGUGAUCAAGCGCAACGCGGGGCGCGUCCGCGUGCGGUUAUCGAGUGUGCGUGACAGGCAGCUCUUUCCGGAUUUCGGCGACGACGCGCUCGUUGGUGCGUCCUCUCGUUACGCGUCGUCUGCUGCGAGUACGAGUGGCGCGUGGGACGAAGGCGAGGAGCUGGAUGUCAUCAGCGUGCCGGAGACGAGCUUCGAAGAAGACGCGGACGACCUCAGCGGAGAUGAUGCAGAAGGGGACGGUAAGGGUGCGACGGAAUGGGUGUGGGAGGCGGAGGACGACUAUACGGUUGGACACAUCUGGCCAGAUGGUCCUGAUCUAACGAAGGGCAUUAUAUAUCACCACCUUCCAGGCGUGUCCAUACAUAUCACGCAGAACAGCAGCAAGCUUAUGCCGCGUAAGGGCGUCGGGAACCAGCCGUUUGUCUUUCGCUGGAAGGGGUCGGCGCGUGGAGCCAUCCGCAUAGCCCAUCUCUCUACUCCAUCCACCUCCCUCGAUUCCCUUCCAUCGCUCGCCUGCCUGUCGGACGAAGUCUUUGAGGACGAGACGGACACAGAUGAGCUCCGCCUCCGUCGAUGGAACCACCUCGACGCGUUCGCGCGUUUCCUCUCUCAGGAGGAAGAGCGCGAGCGUACUCUCCGCCGGCAGCGCACCCGCACCCUCCCCCCUGGUCUAUCCGACGCAGGGUUCAGCUCGCCUCCAUACGCCCGCCUGGAUCGCCUUCACUCGCCACUCCCGCCCUCGUCCCCGCCCCGGUACAGUUCGUCGCCCACACACCCCGGGCCCUCGAACUCCUCGCCGCCCCUCUUCGCGUUCCCGUCCCUCGAGUCACCGCAAUCCAGUCCGCGCAGGCCGCGCACGUCGCCGCUGCGGCGCACGUUCUCCCCGAGGGCGCGCGCGCGGACACUGUCGUACCCGCUCUCGUCGCCCGGCAUGCGGAGCACACUGAGCACGCUCCCGCUCACGACGCCGUUUCCGGCGCACCCGCUGCUCGCGAGGCGCGUGCGGCGGGCGUCGAACAGGUUGACGCGGAUCACGAGGAGCGGGUUGAAGGAGAUGGGGAGCAGUGAGGAAGAGGAUGAGGGGAAGAGAAAGAAGCAGAGUAGCAAGGGUAAGCGGGAGGAAGAGGCAGAGGAGGGUGGACGUAUCUUGGUCGUCGACUCGGAUGGCGGCGAGGAUGUUGACGGAGAGGGGAUCGACGGGCCGAAUGAGGAUGUAGAGUUCGAUGGGGACUCGCUGUUUGCGGAUGGAGAGGUGGGGGACCUGCAGUCCGAUGGGUUCUGGAGUGAGAUGGGAGGUCUUGGCUCUGAGCAUGACCAGUGGAUCGGGGAAGGGAGGGAGGAGGAUUGGGACCCGUUCGGGGAAGCCGAGGUGUGAGGCUCCUGGAUAGUAGCGGCGGGUUUGUUAUACUUAUCGAUAUGUGUCAUAUCAUUGAAUAUAGUUCUCCGAUUGGAGUGCAAGUCGCUCCCCUUGGAGGAGUC